AUGGCCCAGACCGACAUGGAUUCCGGGGAGGAUGGAGGCGGCGGCGGCGGGGAGCCCGAGGUGAUCGCUAAAGCCAGUGUCUUGGGAGGUUUUACCGAGAGCACUGAGAUUCGAUCCCUGAUCUCCAACCUACCAGAGGUUCACGAGAACAUCGUGACACUGGAGUAAGCCAUAGAGAGGUUCCUCGGUGAGAUUCAUACUGUACAUGUUUAGUCUGUUGUUGUGGCUUGAUCCAGUCUUGCAUUGAACAGUCUGUGGGCUUUAGGCCUGAAUGAUUGUACUAACUACAGACAUAAGUCGUAAUAACACAUUCAGAACCUAUACAUACCACAAUCAUAAGCAGUCAAAGAAAAGUCAACAACUUUAUGUUGACCAGUUUUUUUUUUCUACAGUGAUAAUGGACCGUUAUCAAGAGCAGCCCCAUCUUCUGGAUCCACAUCUGGGUAACAACACACACACACACACGCACAGCACAUGAUCUUCUGCAUUAGUGAAACGUGCGUUUGUUAUGAUCGCAUGAUGAUGACAGUGUUUCUUUCCUGUGAUCACAGAGUGGAUGUUGAACCUGCUGUUGGACCUCAUCAGGAGUGAACAGUCUCCUCCUCUACUGGUUCACCUGGGCUUCAAAUUCCUCUUCAUAAUCUCCAAGGUAACUACAUACAUCUCCAAGGUAACUACAGACAUCUCCAAGGUAACUACAGACAUCUCCAGGGUAACUACAGACAGAGGUAUUCAGCUACAUCAUCUCCAAGGUAACUACAGACAGAUGUAUUCAGCUACAUCAUCUCCAAGGUAACUACAGACAGAUGUAUUCACCUACAUCAUCUCCAAGGUAACUACAGACAGAUGUAUUCAGCUACAUCAUCUCCAAGGUAACUACAGACAUAUGUAUUCAUCUACAUCAUCUCCAAGGUAACUACAGACAUGUAUUCAGCUACAUAAUCUCCAAGGUAACUACAGACAGAUGUAUUCAGCUACAUCAUCUCCAAGGUAACUACAGACAGAUGCAUUCAUCUACAUAAUCUCCAAGGUAACUACAGACAGAUGUAUUCACCUACAUCAUCUCCAAGGUAACUACAGACAGAUGUAUUCAGCUACAUCAUCUCCAAGGUAACUACAGACAGAUGUAUUCAGCUACAUAAUCUCCAAGGUAACUACAGACAGAUGUAUUCAUCUACAUAAUCUCCAAGGUAACUACAGACAGAUGUAUUCACCUACAUCAUCUCCAAGGUAACUACAGACAGAUGUAUUCAGCUACAUCAUCUCCAAGGUAACUACAGACAUGUAUUCAGCUACAUCAUCUCCAAGGUAACUACAUACAGAUGUAUUCAUCUACAUCAUCUCCAAGGGUAACUACAGACAGAUGUAUUCACUACAUCAUCUCCAAGGGUAACAUACAGACAAUGUAAUUCAUCUACAUCAACUCUCAAGGUAACUACAGACAUGUAUUCAGCUACAUCAUCUCCAAGGUAACUACAUACAGAUGUAUUCAGCUACAUCAUCUCCAAGGUAACUACAUACAGAUGUAUUCAUCUACAGUGCAGUCGGAAAGUAUUCAGACCCUUUCACUUUUUCCACAUUUUGUUACGUUACAGCCUUAUUCUAAAAUUGAUUAAAUCGUUUUUUCCCUCAUCAAUCUACACACAAUACCCCAUAAUGACAAAGCAGAAACAGGUUUUUAGAACAUUUUGCAAAUGUAUACAAAAUAAAAUAAUGAAAUAUUACAUUUACAUAAGUAUUCAGACCCUUUACUCAGUACUUUGUUGAAGCAACUUUGGCAGCGAUUACAGCCUCGAGUCUUCUUGGGUAUGACGCUACAAGCUUGGCACAACUGUAUUUGGAGAGUUUCUCCCAUUCUUCUCUGCAGAUCCGCUCAAGCUGUAUCAGGUGGGAUGGGGAGCGUCGCUGCACAGCUAUUUUCAGGUCUCCAGAGAUGUUCGAUCGGCUUCAAGUCCAGGCUCUGGCUGGGCCACUCAAGGAAAUUCAGAGACUUGUCCUGAAGCCACUCCUGUGUUGUCUUGUCUGUGUGCUUAAUGUCAUUGUCCUGUUGGAAGGUGAACUUUCGCCCCAGUCAGAGCAGGUUUUCGUCAUGGAUCUCUGUACUUUGCGCCGUUCAUCUUUCCCUCGAUCCUGACUAGUCUCACAGUCCCUGCCGCUGAAAAACAUCCCCACAGCAUGAUGCUGCCACCACCAUGCUUCACCAUAGGGAUAGUAUUGGCCAGGUGAUGAGCGGUGCCUGGUUUCCUCCAAAUGUGAUGCUUGGCAUUCAGGCCAAAGAGUUCAAUCUUGGUUUCAUCAGACCAGAGAAUCUUAUUUCUCAUGGUCUGAGAGUCCUUUAGGUGCAUUUUGGCAAACUGCAAACGGGUUGUCAUGUGCCUUUUACUGAGGAGUGGCUUCAGUCUGACCGCUCUACCAUAAAGGCCUGAUUGGUGGAGUGUUGCAGAGAUGGUUGUCCUUCUGGAAGGUUCUCCCAUCUCCACAGAGGAACUCUGGAUCUCUGUCAGAGUGACCAUUUGAGUUCUUGGUCGCCUCCCUGACCAAGGCCCUUCUCCCCCGAUUGCUCAGUUUGGCCGGGCGGCCAGCUCUAGGAAGAGUCUUGGUGAUUCCAAACUUCUUUCAUUUAAGAAAGAUGGAGGCCACUGUGUUCUUGGGGACCUUCAAUGCUGCAGAAAUGUUUUGGUACCCUUCCCCAGAUCUGUGCCUCGACACAAUCCUGUCUCGGCGCUCUACGGACAAUUCCUUCAACCUCAUGGCUUGGUUUUUGCUCUGACAUGCACUGUCAACUGUGGGACAUUAUAUAGACAGGUGUGUGCCUUUCCAAAUCAUGUCCAAUCAAUUGAAUUUACCACAUGUGGACUCCAAUCAAGUUGUAGAAACAUCUCAAGGAUGAUCAAUGGAAACAGGAUGCACCUGAGCUCAAUUUUGAGUCUCAUAGCAAAGGGUCUGAAUAUUUAUGUAAAUAAGGUAUUUCUGUUUUUUUAUUUUUAAUACAUCUGCAAAAAAUUCUAAAAACCUGUUUUCACUUUGUCAUUACGUGGUAUUGUGUGUAGAUUGAUGAGGAAAAUAAUUGAUUUGAUCAAUUUUAGAAUAAGGCUGUAACGUGAUAAAAUGUGGAAAAAGGGAAGGGGUCUGAAUAAUUUCCGAAUGCACUGUACAUCAUCUCCAAGGUAACUACAGACAGAUGUAAAGUUGGUGGUUUGAUGAACCACGCUCCUAUGAUGAGUAACCUUGACUGAGACCUAUAGACUUGCGUUAGCUCUUCAAGCUAAUGUCUUGGCUUUAGCUCAGCGGUUUAACGCUAUUGUGUCACCCAGGUUUGAAUCCAGUUGGUCACACAGAUAGCAAGAUUUCAGUUCACGAAGCCAAGCGUUCUGUUGUGUGUGUUGAUUCAGUGGCGUCUUACCCUACAGUCUCAGACUAGCGUUAGAAGGAUUGUGCUAGCUCAGCUUUCUCAGCCUGUGCAGUUGUGACAAGCCAGACUCCCUGGUGUUUUUGUCUUGGCCAGGUGAGAGGGUAUAAGAUCUUCAUGCAGCUCUUCCCCCAUGAGGUGGCUGAUGUCCAGCCAGUCCUGGACCUCCUGUGUCGACAGGACCCCAAAGACCCAGAG